AUGUAUCCUCUUGAAAUUGAAACGUCUGCUGCUAAUAGCCGCUGCGCUGUGGCCAUCAGUCUUGGAGAGACUCCCUUGCGGGUUUCCGAUAACAUCCGUGAUCUCGUCAAUUCUCUUCAGGAAAGGUUCAACGAUAUCGUCUUUCUUAUUUGUGAUGACAUUCAUAAAUAUGAAAUGAUGAUUCCAAAGAAAAUGACUAUUGGCAAAGCCCAGCGCGCAGCGACCAUAAAAGGCGAUGAAUUAGAGGCAAUCCUUCACGAUACGAUUAAUCAGCUUGGUGACGACAAGCAGCUUUCGGCCACUAUAGCCAUUUUACGCUGGUCAGAUAUCGAAGAUGAAGACUACCAUAAGCUGCUGGAUAUUAUGUAUAAGUACCGAGGGUCAUUUGAGAAAGAUCUACGAUCAAGCUCUGAGUUCUAUAUCAAGCGCCGGUUAGCUGUUGCCACUCUAACUGAGAAAAGAAUUGAGAGCUUUAUGCGAUAUACGCUGGCCGAGCUCCCUAUACAAAUCAUGGGGCUAAAUUACAACAACUGCCAGUACACCACUAUCCUCCAUCCUGUAUACCCUCGGAAAAAUGCUGAUGGGUCAACGGGCACUGUUAUCAACUCGGAGUAUGUCUCACCGAUCGAGAAUGUGGUGCAGGCCUAUCGCAACAACUCCGAUGUCGUAGGGGACAUCUGUUGUGCCGUUCCGCACAUGAACUACGGCACUGUGACUCGGGUUUUCUUUGAACGAGCGUUGUGA